AUGAGGCUCGAUGUCAAGAGACAACUCUUCGCCCGCAGCGAGCGGGUCAAGGGUAUCGACUUUCAUCCCACAGAGCCAUGGAUCCUCACCACCCUCUACAGCGGUCACGUCUACAUCUGGUCCUACGAAACGCAAGCCAUCAUCAAGACCUUUGAACUGACCGAUGUCCCCGUCCGAGCCGGCCGCUUCAUUGCCCGCAAGAACUGGAUUGUCUGCGGCAGUGACGACUUUCAACUACGUGUCUACAACUACAACACAUCCGAGAAGAUCACCUCCUUCGAAGCCCACCCAGACUACAUUCGCGCCAUCGUCGUGCACCCGACACAGCCUUUUGUCCUGACCGCUAGUGAUGACAUGACCAUUAAGCUCUGGGAUUGGGACAAGCAAUGGAAGUGCGUGCAGGUGUUYGAAGGUCACUCGMACUAUGUCAUGGGUCUGGCUAUCAACCCAAAGGACACCAACACGUUCGCAUCCGCGUGUCUGGACCGGACGGUCAAGAUCUGGAGUCUGGGAAGUUCCACACCCAACUUUACUCUCGAGGCACAUGAGACCAAGGGUGUCAACCAUGUGGAAUACUACCCUCAGUCCGACAAGCCGUACCUCUUAACCRCAUCCGACGAUCGCACCGUGAAGAUCUGGGACUACACCACGAAAGCACUGAUUGCCACGCUUGAAGGUCACACAUCAAAUGUCUCCUUCGCAUGCUAUCACCCGGAACUGCCUGUCAUCAUCUCAGGAUCUGAAGAUGGCACGGUCAAGAUCUGGCACGCAAACACCUACCGGUUGGAGCAGUCCCUUUCAUAUGGUCUGGAGCGAGCAUGGUGUGUCUCUUACCAGCGUGGAAAGCAGGGAAUUGCCAUGGGUUUCGACGAUGGAGCGGUGGUUGUGAAGAUGGGUCGCGAGGAGCCCGCGGUGUCGAUGGAUGGCUCCGGGAAGAUCAUUUGGGCGAGACAUUCCGAGAUCCUCACAUCUGUCAUCAAAGGUGGUGACAAGUCAGUCAAGGACGGCCAAGCCAUCACUCUUUCCUCAAAAGAUCUCGGCAGCACCGAAAUCUAUCCCCAGACCCUCCUGCACUCUCCCAACGGUCGUUUCGUGGCUGUGUGUGGAGACGGCGAAUACAUCAUCUACACCGCUCUUGCUCUUCGAAACCAAGCCUUCGGAUCCGCACUGGACUUUGCAUGGGCCUCAAAGGAGAACGACAAGGACUACGCUAUUCGGGAAUCACCAUACUCGGUCAAGAUAUAUCGCAACUUCAAGCCCAAGUCCGGUGAUGGCAGCGUCAAUGUUGGUUUCACAGCUGAAGCUCUGAGUGGAGGUGUCCUUCUCGGAGUCAAAGGACAAGGUGGGGUCGGCUUCUUCGACUGGGAGACUGGCAAGCUUGUCCGCAGAAUCGAAGUCGAGCCGAGAAAUGUCUACUGGUCCGAGUCCGGAGAGCUGGUCUGUCUGGCAUGUGAGGACACAUACUAUGUUCUGCGCUACUCGAGAGAACAGUAUCUUGCUGCUCUGCAAUCCGGAGCAGUGGACGAGGAUGGUGUUGAGGAGGCCUUUGAGGUUGUCUGUGACAUUAACGAGAGUGUACGAACAGGACAGUGGAUCGGCGACUGUUUCGUCUACACCAAUUCCACCAACCGUCUCAACUACCUUGUCGGUGACCAAACAUACACCAUCUCCCACUUCGACCAACCUUACUACGUUCUUGGCUACCUAACCCGCGACGGCCGCGUUUACGUUUGCGACAAGGACGUCGCCGUCACAUCUUUUGCUCUUUCCGUCAGCGUUAUCGAAUAUCAAACUCUCGUCCUACGUGGAGAUCUCGAAGCGGCGACCGAAAUGCUCUCGCAAGGAGAGAUUCCUGAGAGUGAAAAGAACAAGAUCGCCCGAUUCUUGGAAGGACAAGGCUACAAGGAGGAAGCUCUGGAAGUCGCCACGGAUAGCGAACAUCGAUUUGAACUCGCGUUGGGUCYCGGACAGCUGCAAAUCGCAUUGGAGUUGGCGAGAGAAGCGGAUGUGGAGCACAAGUGGAAGACGGUCGGUGAUGCAGCUCUUACGGGCUGGGAUAUGAAACUCGCAGAGGAGUGCUUCCGAAACGGAAAGGAUCUCGGAUCAUUACUGCUGCUUUACACCAGCUCUUGCGACUCGGAGGGACUGAAAUGGUUAGCGAAGACUGCCGGUGAGGCUGGACAGUGGAACGUGGCUUUCACUUGUCUAUGGCAGGCUGGAGAUGUGGAUGCCGCAUUGGAUGUGCUGCUCAAGACGGGACGAGAGGCAGAGGCGGUGCUGUUCGCGCAGACAUACAGACCCGGACGGUGUAAAGAAAUCGUUGGAGAUUGGAAGAAGAGUUUAGCGAAGGCUGGAAAGGGGAAAGUCGAGAGGUUGAUUGGUGUUCCUGGGGAGGAUGAAGAGAUGUUCCCUGAGUGGGAAGAGUGGUUGAGACUUGAGAAAGAGGGUGGUUCGUACGGUGACCUGAUUGAUGUUGGGGAUGCAGAGACACAGCCCGCUGCGGAGGAAGAAGAGGAUGCCGAAGAGGAGGCCGAGGAGGUUGAGGCUGAUGCUGAUGCUGAUGCCGAUGCCGAAGAGGAAAAGGCUUGA